AUGACCGAUCUCGGUGAACGUCUGGAGCGGCUGGGCCUCUCCGAAUAUGUCGAAAGGCUUGCCAUGGAAGGCUUCGACACGUGGGAAACAGUCCUGGACAUCACUGAGUCUGACCUCAACACCCUGGGCUUCAAACUCGGGCACCGUAGGAAGCUUCAAAGGGCGAUCGCGGAAACUCGUGGGCAGCCGGCAGAAAGGGCUUUGGUUCUUGACCAAGGCAAAGUCGCUGUGCCAGACGAUGCCUACCAUAGCGAUGAGUCAAUGGCAGAUGCCAAAGACAGCUCUGGCCAUAUCACGCCCGCUGUGCAGACGAAUCCAUCUUCUGCGGGGACUAAAAGAAAGUACAGAAGGCAUCCCAAAGCUGAUGAAAACGCUCCGGAACGACCUCCUUCAGCAUACGUGAUAUUUUCCAACCAGGUUCGAGAGGAACUGAAGGGACAAGAAUUGUCAUUCACCGAAAUUGCAAAGCUUGUCGGUGAACGGUGGCAAGUCCUUGAUCCAGCAAUACGUGAGGCUUUUGAGAAGCAGGCGGCUUCUGCAAAGGAGAAGUACUACGCCCAAAUGGCUGAGUACAAAAAAACACCUCAGUAUCAGGAGUAUCAACGAUAUCUUGCUGACUUCAAAGCUAAACACGCCACCCCACGUACUGAAGGCAAACGGAGCAAAACCCAUAUCGAUGCGAACCACGAUACAGUGGCUAAGUCGAAUAGCCCGGAGAAAAGGCGCAGCAGUCUUGUCGACAACGUACCUAGCUCUCAACACAGGCCUCGCUCAAAUCCUACCACUGCUGCAUUGGGAGCAUAUGGGAGCUAUCAACCACCUUCGGCGUCAACAUCUCCUGCACAAGCGUCCAUCGGACUGCAAUCUCCAGAUACACAUCACGCAUACUCUCCACGUUCAAGUCCGCCCGCAUCAGCUCCCGUCUAUGGUACUAGCUAUGAGCUGCCCCAUCACGCACGCGGCACCCAGUCCGCCGCUGAGCUCCGUUUACGGGACUAUCCUUCAGGUCAAACUUUGAGGAAUUGGCAGCAGUCGCCUGUAAGCGAGAAUUCAACCACCACCUCACUGGGAUCCGAGUUUUUAGCGCGGCGGCAACCACAAACUCAAACAACAAUACCGUCACUCGUACAUCAAGACACAAGUCAUUCGUCACAUGGCAGUGAUAUUCUGCCCCCUCCGGCUCCUUAUCAAGCUCAUGUUUUACCACCUCUCGAUCCAUCUAAAGCCGAUCGCAUAUUGCCACAGCCAUUGCCCUCGAUCAUGACACCAUCUCUGGUGUCUUCACCGUUUGAGAUGAGAACGCAACAUCAAUCACCUACAGCACUUACGCCGGGAAAGCCGCCGUCACUCGGACAAAGCUCACAGUUCGAUGCCUUACUCCGAGCUUCCGAACUUGCACGGGAUGCUGAUUUGCAAGAUGAGGCAGCCCGCCGUGCCGAGGCCUCGAAUUAG